CGAGAGCACUGUACUUUCGCGUAGUUCGUUUCUAGUGAGUAAGCGACACUUUAACAGCUAUGCACUUAUGCGUUAAUGCACGCUGCGUGGAAAUCCACCGGUACUCCGCGCUGAAAUCAGGCCGGUCCUGGAGUUAACUGCGAUACUUUUUUUUUUUUUUUUGCAAGACUUUAAAAAAAAGAAAAAAUAUCCAAAAUGGAGAUACACGAAGGGGCUGCAGCUGCAGCAGCACCAGCAUCAAGGGACUGUGUACUUGAUUAUUCUCGCUUGAGCUUGAACUCGUUCAGUGCUGACGGCGUGAGCGAGGAGAGGAAGAGGGAGGCCAGGCAGCUGUACCUGAACUACAACCGGCUGUCCUCGCUGCCCUCGUCCCUCAGCCUGUUCUGCAGCCUGGAGUUCCUGGACAUCAGCAACAACGGGCUGUCGGUGCUCUGCGACGAGAUCACGGGGCUCUGCAAGCUCAAGACACUUUUAGCCAAGAACAACCGCCUGGACGAGUUUUCCCUGCCCAAGGAGUUUGGAUCCAUGCAGCUGGAGGUGUUGAACUUUGGUGGGAACAGGUUUGAGGAAAUCCCACUUCAGUGUACCAAACUGCUGCGUCUGCAGUCACUUUCACUGGGCGGAAACAGACUGAAAAGUAUUCCUGCAGAGAUAGAUAAUUUAACCAGUUUGGAGAUGCUGUAUCUGGGUGGAAACCUCAUCGCAGCCAUUCCUCCUGAAGUGGCGAACCUGCCCUACCUCAGCUACCUGGUUUUAUGUGACAACCGCAUCCAGAGUGUGCCGCCGCAACUCACCAGGCUCCACUCGCUGCGGUCUCUGAGCCUCCACAACAACCUGCUCACUUAUCUCCCGCGGGAGAUCCUCAGCCUGGUGCACCUGCAGGAGCUGAGUCUGAGGGGAAACCCGCUGGUGGUGCGCUUCGUCAAGGAGAUGAUGUACGACCCGCCCUCGCUGCUGGAGCUGGCAGGACGCACCAUUAAGAGCCGAAACAUCCCCUACUCCCCCUCGGACCUGCCCCUCAACCUGGUGCGCUACCUGGACCUGGCCAGCAAGUGUCCCAACCCCAAAUGUGCCGGCGUUUACUUCGAUUCCUGCGUGCGCCACAUCAAAUUUGUGGACUUCUGCGGGAAGUACCGGCUGCCCCUCAUGCACUACCUGUGCUCCCCCGAGUGCACGUCGCCCUGCAGCUCCAACCCCCAGAGCGACGCCGAGUCCGAGGACGAGAACAGCGUGCCGGCCGACCGGCUGCAGCGGGUGCUUCUGGGGUAGACGGGGCCCCGAGGAGCCCAGGGACGCUCUCCCCAGCUCACAUCCACACACUCGACACAAUUAAACCUCCCUCGCUUCCACCACAGAACUCAAAACAACCCUCCGUGCUCUUGUUUUGUGGAUUGUCUUUCCUUUCAAACCUGAAAUGGUCAUUCUCACACACAUCUAGAUGAUUGAGGGAGGGAUUAUUCAUCUCCGGGAAGUUGCAACAGUCCCAUCGCUCAACUUCUCGUCCUCAUGAAGCUGCUUGUCUGAUGGUUGAGCACUGGAGGGCAGUAAAAGCCUCAUUUUGAUUGAAGAGUGAGGGAGCAGCAGGGUUCCUUCUGUCCUCAGGCCGCUAGAUUUCAUCUGCAUCGUAAUGUAGAAGCGUUUUCCUUCGCUAUAACACAUUAUUCUUCAUUUUUAAGGUUUGGAUAUAACGGUGUGUUUCUGCAGCUGCGGCAGACGUGUUCUCUAACCAAACGAGCAGCAGUAGCUGAAUCUGAGAUGGCCUUAAUCACAAUUAACGACGAGGUAGAAAUCUUUUAACGUUUCAGUCGGGACUGUGGUGAUUAAAACGAGCCGCUUUCAGAGGAAAUCACACGCAUUUCCCUGUUGGCUGAGGUGUUUUACGUGAGCUCAGAAUGGGGCUUGUGAAUGUGCUCGCAGGGGCUCACUCACAGGAAGUGGAUGUGGGGUGGACCACAUUGUGUCAGCACAGGAACAAUAGCUAUUGAACAUGACCCAGUUGCAGCCCUGGUGCAUAUAUUCUGGGCUGUCGGGCUUUUGUCUGGGCGUAAACACUUGGACUUACGCGAUAAAGCUCAUGAUCUGAGAGAUUCUUUUUUACAACAAGUCUUUUUACAACAAAAACGCCCAUCAUUUCAAACCGGGAGCAGUGUUUUUAGUUCCUGCUUACAUCUCUGCUGAAACUUUCAGCUCCGUGUGGAAAACUGAGGGAUGUUAAAGCGACUGGGACCAUUUUAUUAAGGAUGAAGAAUUAUUAUUUUUUUGUUCCUGAAUUCUGCCGAAGGUCCUCUUUGUUACAACAGCACCUCCAUCAAAACAACUGCUAUUCGUCGUGCUAACAAUGACUUCUAACACACUAAAACAAGAAUGUUUGAGUAUGAAGAAAUGUGAUGUAUAUAAACACACCCUGAAAUGUGACAGAUUUAACACGAAGAAUUAAUGAUCAAGUCCUUUUUGAUGGAUUUAUAUCGGAUCAUCCAAGUAACCGUAGUUAUGAGAGACGGUGGACCUUUAUAAGACAAUAAAUGAAUUUUAUACUGAUCUUUUUAUUAAAUGAAAUUACACAAACGCUACUCAAAAGUCUGAUGAUACAUUUCAGCGAAUGAAAGUUAACUGUACAGUAUGAAAUUAUAAUAAAAAGUUAAUUGAA